AUGAAGGACACGCGCCAACCACCCCGUCUCAGAAGUGAGGAGGAAUACUUUUAUUCUCCCACAUCACCACAAACCGCCGAAUGGCCCAAAGUUCCCAAUUCCCCUGAGCUGCCACAUGGACUGCCAACGAAAGAGUCAGUGGACGAAAUACUCGAGGGCACACCACAUGCGCAUAUCCCGCUCGGACAAUACCAGCAGGUUGAUUUUAUAAACAUGCAAACCCCAGAACAGAUCGACCGACAACUUCAACAAGAGCUCGAACAAGCCAGAGCCUACGACCCCGAGGAAGGCGAAAUACUCGAAGAAGAUGAAGGCGAGGACGAAGACGCGACCCGAGAGGAGGGUGAAAUGAUUGAAGACGACCCCAUUCCAGAUCAAUAUCAACCGCAACCACAGCCGCAGCCCUACGCCGGCCACCAGUCUAUCCACGACCGAGACGGAUUCGAGUUCUCCCCCUAUACGGUAACCCCUGCAUUUUCGGGAACCUCCAACGAGAUGGGAGAUGAUGUUCAUACCGAAGAGUCGCCCCUCUCACCACCCAUGCACAAUAUCCAUCGCGAAACCCACCGCCGUCGCCGCCUCCGCGCUCGCCGAAAUCAUCGUCACCGACGUACCACAACCACCACAACCACCACUCCCCAAGCAGCCCUUUAUCAGACCACAGCCCAGAACUCCCGCGUCAACGAAUUCCACCCAGAGUUCGAACCAACCAUCUCCCGCCUCUCACGGCCCCUCCACCCUUUAGUCUCUAUAACAACGGGGCUAACGCACCCCUUCUUUCCCAAAUCAAUGCUUGCAUUCAACAUUCUGACCUCAUCCGAGCUGAACGAACUCGCAAUCCACUUCCACCAGACCUAUCCACCAACCCGCGAUACGUUCCGCUACCCGCUUCCCGUAAAACCGUGGGUUGCGACGAAUGGACUCGUGAGGGAUCUGGGUGUGGAUGUUGAGGUCAAGCGCAGGCGGUUCGGUAGGUUUAUUGGGCUGAAAGGGUGCGAGAGCCCUACCGGUCCUGCAGAGACAUCAACCACGACUGGCUCGGUUGCGGAUUGGCAAGCGGAGAUCCGGGCGGAAACUGAGAGGCAGUGGGAGAAGGCGAGGGAGGUUGCGGUGUGGGAGCAGGAGCGAGGUUGCUUUGAGUUGGAGAUGGAGCGCGAGAGAGGGAGGAGGAGGAUUCGGAUGCUGAGUGAGACCGACUCGGAAAGCAGUCCCAGAGAGAGGCAUCAUUAG